AUGGACAAUUCCCUCACUCAUCCUAAUUCUCAAUUACAAAGCGACGAUGAAAAAAUAAUGUGCCACUUUUUAACAGCAAACACGACAGCACUAAUCCAACUCAUGGAUCAGGGGGUUAUUGAAUCAAUGAAAAGACGUUAUAGGAAACAAUUUAUUCAACAACUUGUGACAUUUAGUGAAGAAAUUAAUGUUAAAGAUUUUUGGAAACGUUACACUAUAAAAGAUACUGUGUUUAAUAUUUCACAAACUUGGAACGGAUUUACCUAGAAGAAUUAGAGAUAUGGAAGCUAAAAAAGCACGUAAUAUGUUAAAACAACAAAAAUUAACCGAUUUUU